AUGAGUAUUAAGUACAAAUGGGAUCAGCCUCGUAAACGAGAAAUCGUGAAAUCCUACUUUGCUGAUAAAUACGAGAAAGCCCUGGACUCGUUACUUGCAGCAGACACAGCUGCGGCUGUCGCUGCAGCUGUAGGGGGCGAUCAUCAAAGGUCUUCUGUGCCCAAGAGGGGUGUUGUUAAAGGUAUCGCUGGCUCUCUUUUCGAUGCAUCAGUUGAGAGACUCAAAAAUGACAAACCCAUGUUGCCAGGGGACUUUGAUACAGUAACUGAAAGCUCCGAUGACUUCUGGAAAGAUGAAAAUUUCAAGCAGGAAACUGACAGUGAGGUUAAAGUGAGCAGUACUACUACUCUGGAAACUCCUGAGGAUGGAUUAGAAAAGAGAACGAAGGAGCACUUUUUGGAUAUAUUUGUAGAUAAAUUAAUAACUAGGAUAAUACCGACUAGAUUACCUGAAAGAGAACAUUUUGGAGAAUUGUCCGAGGAUGAGAAAAGAAGAAGCAAAACUGUGUCUGCUACUAAGUUGACCAGUAAUCUAAAGGCUCUCACUCCUAAAUUGGCGGGACUUUUCGAACUUCAAGACUCUAUUGUGCGACUACUGACCUGGAGAAACCCUUCUGGGACGUUAACCAUGUUAAUAAUACUGACGAUGAUUUGCUAUAACCCUAUGAACAUAAUUAUUAUGCCUUUAAUAUAUAUAAUGUUUGGUCUAAUGGUACCAGGGUACACGCGAAGGCAUCCAUUUCGAAGAACUUUGUAUCCUUAUAGGAGGAUGUACGGGAAGUCACUGAUUAAAGAUGUCACAAAUGGUGGUCCAACAGCGUGGCACCCAGGUUAUGGCAUUCAAGAAUUUGAUUAUAAUGUUCAAGUUUUUGACUCAGAUGAUGUCUCGAGACGAAAUGAAAUCGAUAACAGGAUUGAGUUCGUGGUGAGCUUGCGUGACCUGCAAAAUGCAACGACAGCUACCUUGUCUUUGUCGAAGUCGGUGGAAAGAUUUAUUUAUGGAACCGCUGGAUUUGUAGAUGAAAGGCACUCUACUGUCGUUUUCUUCAAAUAUAUUGCAUCGUUCUGUACAUUGAGUCUGCUUUCCAAAUAUAUCAAUUGGAGCUUCUUUAUAAGCCUGAUUUUAUGGCUGAGUAUGAUAUUUGCGCAUCCUAAAGUUAAACAAAGGAUAUCCGCUCAUAAGCAAAAGAAAAGGUCAGUUAGCAGUACGACUGAUCGCAGUGAAACACACAAAGAAUUUAAUAUAAUAUUAGAUGAGUCCCCAGAAGUAAAAUACGUUGAAAUUUUUGAGAUCUAUAAGCAGGGGAUAACUCCUCGCCAUUGGGACUUUUACAAAAUUUCAAACCAGGUUUUUGACCCUCUAGACAAGUUCAGGAAAUUGCAACAGGAGCCACCUGGAGUUUCCAAGUUAGAUGACAUUUUGCCGCCAAGAACAUGGGUUUUUGAUGAGAAUUCUGAAUGGGAGGUUGACUAUAAUGUUAAAAAAUGGUCAUCAGAAAGGGGCCUUUCUUUGAAAAUACAAGACGAGUAUUUAAUAGACGAUUCUUUCAAAAGAAGGCGGCUGACUCGUAAAGUAUUGAGAUAUGCGAAUCCUGCUUCUAAACCAUCUUAUAAGUUGAAAAAAUAG